CGAAGUUCAGUUUGAUUUCAUUUCUACAAUGGCGUCCUGGAAUUUCGGACUUCUUCUGGCAGUACUUAUUGUAUAUGAUUUCAUUCCUGCAAAUCAAGGACUGGAGUUAAAUCCCAUGCUAAUUAAACAAGCGAAGAAACUGCAAUUGCGAUGCUUAAAUCAGACAGGAGUCUCCAUAGAAAAAAUGGACCAGUUGACCAAGACUAGAUCUUUACCCAAUGAUCCAGGCCUCAAAUGCUUUGUACACUGCAUGUUUGACAUGGUUGGACUGAUUGACUCGCAAAACGUAGUGCACCUGGAGUCACUGCUGGAAGUUUUACCGGAGCAAAUACACAACACAAUCAAUGGACUAGUCAGCGCAUGUGGAACUCAGAAGGGAAAAGAUGGCUGCGACACCGCUUAUGAAACCAUCAAGUGUUACAUCGCAGUAAAUGACAAGUUUAUGUGGGAUGAGGUAAUAGUGCUACUUGGUUAGCACUCACCCACCUGAAAAUAUCACGAUCCACGAUUCCCAGGAGCAGCAGACAGCGCAGGAUGCGCAGUGCCUCGAUCUGAACGCGCACCAUCUGGACCUGCCAAUGAGAUUCUCAUUAAAUAAAAUAAUUCCACAAAUAUA